AUGGGAUGCCACAAUUGGCCGAAGAAGCGGAGUGUCUUAAAGAGGGCGGUAGAAAACCGCCGGAGGAACAGGAGUGCAAUAAAGGAACGGAGUGUGCCAAGUGGCAUACGGGGCCCUGGAAACCGUGCGAUCACCUUUGCGGCGAUGGCACCCAAACGAGGAAGGUUCAGUGUUAUAUUGAGAGAGACCACAAAAUCGACAUUCUUGAUGACGCUCAAUGUGAAGCGAUAG